CACUCAAAUCUGUUAACUAUUGAUCAGAUCUCUAAAUUAUACUACAUGUCUGUUUACUUUGUGUCAGGCUGUUUUAACAUUUGUCUCUCCUGUCUGUUCAGGAUGAGGUUCAUCACAGUCAUCUCUGUUGCCUGUUUACUGGCCAACCUAUCCUCGGCUGGCAUCAAAGACCUCAACUCUCAUUUCACUGACCCCAGCCCUAAGCCCAAAGGCUUUGGCCAAGGGGCUGCAGUGGAUGUGGAUGCCAUUCCUGUGGAUUUCCAUAAAGAAAAUACAGUCACUAGUGACCUCAUUUUCGAUGGCUUUGAGGAAGAAGAUUAUAUAGAUUUUGAUAAGAUCCUGGCUGCAGGCAGUGAUGAUUACAUUGAAGGGGACGAGAUAGAUGACAUUGCCACACCAGCCCCAGGCAUCGACAUCUUUGCCGAGCCAUCUGAUCCAAAGACUCGCCGUGCAAGACUCCUUCGGCUAUUCCAUGGCCGCUCACGCCUCCAACGACUCAAUAUUGUCAAUGCCGAUUUUGGUUUUAAUCUCUAUCGAAGUCUUCGCAACCACGUCAACCAGAGUGACAAUAUCCUAGUUGCACCAGCUGGAAUCUCCAUUGCCAUGGGUAUGAUCUCUUUAGGGGCAGAAGGUGGAACCCAUGACCAGCUCUACAAAGCUCUGGGAUUUGCUGAAUUUGUAAAUGCCAGUCAUCACUAUAACACCACAACAGUGCACAAGCUCUUCAGGAAGCUGACACACAGACUCUUCCGCAGGAACUUUGGCUAUACCCUGCGCUCUGUCAAUGAUCUCUACGUAAAGAAGGAUGUCUCUGUAAAAGAUGCUUUCCGAACAGCGACAAAGGCUUAUUAUUUUGCAGAGCCACAGUCAGUGGACUUCAGAGACUCCACCUUUCUGGAGAAGGCCAACCGUCGCAUCCUAAAGCUGACCAAAGGACUGAUCAAAGAUCCACUCAAGUCUGUGGAUCCAAAUAUGGUGCUGAUGCUCCUCAACUAUCUGUACUUCAAAGGUACGUGGGAACAGAAAUUUCCGAAAGAAAUGACGCAUUACAGAAACUUCCGUAUUGAUGAAAAGACAAACGUUCGUGUGCCGAUGAUGACCAACAAGGGGAACUACCUGGCUGCCGCUGAUCAUGAAUUGGAGUGUGACAUCCUACAGCUCCCUUACACAGGAAACAUAAGCAUGCUCAUUGCCUUGCCGAGGAAGAUCUCUGGCAUGAGAAAUCUGGAGCAGGAGCUCUGCUCCACUGUUGUCAAUAAGUGGCUCAAAAACAUGACAAACAGGACGCGUGAGGUGGUGUUACCUCGAUUUAAACUGGAGCAGAACUACGACUUGAUUAACAAUUUGAAGGAGAUGGGCCUCACACACUUGUUUCAGGAUAAUGGAGAUUUCAGUGGAAUGACCACUGAAAAGAUUGUCGUUAACUGGCUAAAGCACCAAGGAACCAUCACUGUGAAUGAAGAGGGGACAGAGGCAGCAGCUCUGACUCAGGUGGGCUUCAUGCCCCUCUCCUCUCAGAUCCGUUUCACUGUGGAUCAUCCCUUCCUCUUCCUCAUCUACGAGCACCGUACAGACUGCCUUGUGUUCAUGGGUCGGGUGAUCAAUCCUUCACAGAACUAAACUUAAGUAAGGACUAAAAAUAUGUGCGAAUUAACUUUACAAAAAUAAAUAAAUAAAUUCAAACAACAAUCCAACAAGUUCCAUGUC